AAUCAACAACAAUCAUAUACAAUCAAUAUAUAUAUUCUAGACAUAUAUACAUAAAAAUAUGAGAGGUAUAGUAGUAGUGAUGAUAUUUGUUUUGGUUUUGGUAUCAAUUAACACAAAGAGUACUAGUUUGGUAAAUGGUAACUUGUUUGAAGAAUUUGAGUUGACAUGGGGUGGCCAAAGAGCCAAAAUAGUGGAAGGAGGCAAAGUUCUCACACUCUCUCUUGACUCUAUUUCUGGCUCAGGUUUCACUUCCAAAAGACAAUACUUGUUUGGUAGGAUUGAUAUGCAACUUAAGCUCGUCGCCGGUAACUCCGCCGGUACCGUCACCGCCUACUAUCUAUCUUCUCAAGGAGUAAAUCAUGAUGAAAUUGAUUUUGAGUUUUUGGGGAAUUUGAGUGGUGAUCCUUACAUAGUACACACUAAUGUGUACACACAAGGAAAAGGAGAUAGAGAACAACAAUUCUACCUAUGGUUUGACCCCACAACCAAUUUCCACACCUAUUCCAUUCUUUGGAACAAUCACAACAUCAUAUUUAUGGUAGAUAACACUCCCAUAAGAGUUUUCAACAAUGAAGAGAGAAGAGGAGUGCCAUUCCCUAAUAAGCAACCAAUGAAGCUAUACUCGAGCCUAUGGAACGCUGACCAAUGGGCAACGCGAGGAGGGUUAGUGAAGACCGAUUGGUCCAAGGCUCCCUUCAACGCCUACUAUCGCAAUUUCAAUGACGCCAAUGCUUGUGUGGUGUCUCGAUCAUCGCCACCAUGCACUGCCAAAUCAUCAGCCAAUGCAGCUGUGCCACUAGGGCUCGAUGCCCCCGGUCGAAGGAGGCUUAGAUGGGUGCAAAAGUAUUUCAUGAUUUACAACUAUUGCAAUGAUCUGAAACGAUUCCCUCAAGGCCGUCCUAUGGAGUGUCGUUUUACAAAACCCUAGCAUAAUAAAUCGACCUGAUAAAAAUAAAAAUUUUACAUAAAUGAAAAGUUUAUAUGAACCAGCUUAUGUAUAAAUAAGUUAGAUAGAGUUUGUAAGUAAUUUUUAUCUAGGAUCUUUUAUCACAUCCUUUUAUGUAUAUUUUAGACCAAUAAUAUGU